CUCGCAGUCAGUCGACGGGACAAACUCGGACCAAAAAGCAGCGCUCGGGCAGUUCAUAAAUUCAGCUAACCAAGGCAGUCCAGAGAAAUGUCGUUUAUAUUUGACUGGAUCUACAAGAGCUUCAGCAGUGUCUUGCAGCUGUUAGGGUUGUACAAGAAGAGUGGCAAGCUAGUAUUCCUCGGAUUAGACAAUGCUGGAAAAACAACACUCCUGCACAUGCUCAGAGACGACAGGCUAGGACAGCACGUGCCAACGCUACAUCCAACAUCCGAGGAGCUGACCAUAGCCGGGAUGACUUUUACGACGUUUGACCUCGGAGGUCAUACACAAGCACGAAGGAUUUGGAAGAACUACCUCCCAGCUAUAAACGGUAUCGUCUACUUGGUGGAUUGUGCGGAUCAUGAGCGACUUGGAGAGGCCAAAGUUGAACUUGAUGCCCUGUUGACGGAUGAAACCAUCUCAAACGUCCCAGUGCUCAUCCUGGGGAAUAAGAUUGACCGUCCAGAGGCCAUCAGUGAGGAUGCACUUAGAGGAAUGUUUGGUCUUCAUGGACACACAACAGGAAAGGGCAAAGUGUCACUAAAGGAGCUGAAUUUGAGGCCAAUGGAGGUUUUCAUGUGUAGCGUGCUGAAGAGACAAGGAUAUGGAGACGGUUUCCGCUGGCUUUCUCAGUAUAUUGACUAAUUUAUGUUCUUUAAAAACUGUGUUUACCAUGCUACCUGCGCACACAAAGACAUGUUCCACACAAAACUACCUGCCGUAGAGAGUUAUAUCAUAUUAAAAAAUAAUAUAACGAAAAAUGUAGAACUUUGACUGUGCCAGUAGGGAAUGUGUAGUGUUUUGUGUUAACACACCCCUGUUCUUCAUGUUCUUCACUUCAAAGAUAUGUUUGUUAUACCGGUCAAAAACCACAAGAUUUAGUUAUGAAUCAUCCGUGUGUAUUGUUCAGAUUGAUUGUGGAAAAUAAUCUUCAUGGUGUGGUUUCCACCCUUUCGUAAAGCCUGUACAGAGCUCUGUCUGCCAUAUAGAACAUGUCAUCGCUGUGAACCGGUGUCUGACCCGAGUUUAUUUUUAGCUGCUGGUGUAGACUUACAGUGAAGGUCAAUUUGGUUUAACAUUUUGUGCUUGGAGUCACUGUUCCUUCAUUGAGGAUGAAUAUUGUAAUUAUAUCUUUAUAUUUAUCCUAGUUUAUCUGAAAAGUGCUGCAGAGAUUUGGUGCCAUAUUUUUAAUAAGACAGUGUUAAUACAUUAGUGUGUGUGCUACCUCUAAGGAUACUGACAGUUCUGCUGAUUGCAUGAUUUUUUUUAAUCACUGAAGGAUCUACCACUACAAGCCGAUUUUAUGAAUGUGACCACAAGUGCAUUAACUGACAUUUAGUGGUGAGAAUCUUUAAUAAAUAGCACAGAAUGGUAUUAAAUAAAUUGCAGGAUAUGUUAACUGCAUUAGCACAGCCAGGUGAUAAAAAAAACAACUCGUACUUUGAUGCCAAACUAUCUUUUUUCAUGAUGGUUUAAUUGCUGUGAAUCAACUAGAGUACUUUGUGAUUAGUGCCUGCUCACAACAUGCAGUGAUAUUAUGAGAGUACUCAGGUGGUGCUUACAAAUAGGGCACGCAAAACAUGUGCAUGAAAUUACCUCUUAGUGCAAUAUUAUACAUUACUUUGUAAAUAAGCUCUUAUUUAUAUUUGCAAUAAAAAUUGGCUUACCUUGUGUUUCAUCAAGCAUUGAGGCCUGAAGUAAUUUAUAUGUUACAAAAGGUUGGUCACAUUGUUAUUAAACAUGUGUGAAGUUUGAGCAUAAUAAAUAUUUUUGACAAUCCUUUAAA